AUGACUGUCCAGAAGAAGUAUGACUUUAUCAUUGUGGGAGCCGGUCCUGCGGGGUGCGCAUUGGCGCGCAAUUUAGCACUGGCCCGCCAGAAACCGUCGGUCCUGCUGUUAGAGGCGGGCGGCGACAAUGCGGAUCGAGAGCUCCGCGUUGACGGGAAGCGAUGGAUCACGUACAUGAAGGAGGAAAUGAACUGGGGGUACAAGACAUCCCCGCAGGAGCACUGCGGUGAUCGCGAGGUUGACUACUCGCGUGGCAAGGGACUCGGUGGAAGCAGCGCCAUCAACUUUGGUGUCUACACCGUGGGGGCCCGGGACGACUAUGAUGAGUGGGCGCGCCUCACGGGCGACGACUCCUUCGCCUGGAGCAAGAUGCAGGGACGCUUCAAGAGACUCGAGUCGUUCCAUGGGGAGACACCCGAUGGCAUUGAGAAGAAGCACGCCAAUCCAAAGCCUGAGGAUCAUGGCACAGACGGCCCUCUGCACGUUGGCUUUGCCAAACAAUGGGAAAAGGACAUUGUGCCUAUGCUGGACGCUGUUGCAGAAGCGGGCUUUCCGCUGAACCCGGAUCACAAUUCUGGCAACCCAAUUGGCAUGGCAGCCAUGAUCAACUCGUGUUAUAAUGGACUGCGUUCAACAGCGAGUGAUCUUUUGACGGGAGUCCCGGACAACUUGACAGUCCUGACGGUUUCACCUGCAAGAAGGCUCCUAUUGGAGGGCGACAGAGCCGUCGGGGUCGAAACCAGGGACAAUAAGUACUGGGCAUCCAAAGAGGUCAUCCUGUCCGCCGGAGCCCUCAACAGCCCCAAGAUUCUCAUGCACUCUGGCAUAGGCCCGUCUGACCAGUUGACCAAGCACAACAUCUCUGUGGUCAAGGACGUACCAAUCAUCGGCCAAGGCCUGCGCGAUCACAUGUUCUGCCCUCUGGUCUACGUCGCCAAAGACGGGCACACCGACCGCGCCGAGUUCUACGGGAACCAGGCAGCCAUGGACGAGGCGCUCGCGCAAUGGAAGGCCGACGGGACUGGUCCUUGGACCAAGUUUGCUUGUGGAGGGUGCAUCGGAUACUUCAAGAUCCCGGGGCUGGCCGAAACCAAGGAAUUCCAAGCUUUGCCGCCGGCGGAAAAGGCAUAUCUCGAAAAGGAGACGGUGCCUCACUACGAGCUGAUCACGCACUGCCCCAUCCACUGGUUGAUGCCCAACUUUCCUUCGGACAGCCUCAACGCCUCCAGCGUCUUGGUGUUCUACGCCAACGCCCAGGCCCGGGGCGAGGUCACGCUGCAAUCUUCGGAUCCAGACGCGCCUCUCCAGUUCGAUCCAAAGUUCUUGGGCACAGAGUUUGACCGCCGCGUGGCCAUUGGCAGUCUUCGCGAAGCUCUCAAGCUCGUUAGGCACGAGUCGUAUGCCAAGGACACCAAGGCGAUGCUCGCUGGGCCUUCGGGAGACUCCGACGAGGAGCUGCUGGCCUACUGGCGUCAGACUAUCUCUUCAAGCUGGCACAUGACCGGCACUGUCAAGAUGGGGAAGAAGGAGGACGAAGACGCCGCAGUGGACAGCGACUUUAGGUUCAAGGGCAUCGAAGGAUUGAGGGUGGCGGAUAUGAGUGUUGUGCCUGUGUUGGCCAGCUGCCACGUGCAGUCUGUGGCGUAUGUGACGGGCAUCACAUGUGCGGAGAAGCUGAUUGCUCAAUACGGCUUGGCUUGA